ACCGCGAUGCCCUCUGCCUCAGAUCCGCGCUCGCCGACCGGCUGCUGGGCGUCCCUGCGCUGUCCGGAGGAGGCUCCGUGGCCCCGUGUCUACCACACAUGAUGAAAACGCUUCACACAAAAAUACCGGCUUGGGUAUGUUUCUGCUUGUAAAACUCAAGGAAGAAGGAUUUUCAGCUACUGAUGUUACAAACAAAAUAUUGGAGCAUAGAGUUGAGGAAAAGACUUAAACCAGAUUUUUCUUCAAUUAGUUAAAAAUAUGGAUCCUGAAUCAGAGAGACCACGGAUUUGCAAUGUAACACCUUUUCAACAGAUUGUUGCCUCUUGUACUGGGGCCAUACUGACAUCACUAAUGGUGACACCCCUGGAUGUUGUUAAAAUUCGACUGCAAGCUCAAAACAACCAAUUUUCCAAAGGAAAAUGUUUUGUAUAUAAUAAUGGACUUAUGGAUCAUCUCUGUAUCUGUGAAGAGGAAGGCAACAAAGCAUGGUAUAAGAAGCCAGGAUAUUUCCGGGGAACAUUAGAUGCAUUUUUGAAAAUCAUUCGAAAUGAGGGCAUUAAAUCCCUGUGGAGUGGCCUUCCCCCCACCUUAGUAAUGGCAGUUCCUGCUACAGUUAUCUAUUUUACCUGCUACGAUCAAUUAACUGCUCUCCUGAAAUCUAAAUUAGGAGAAAAUGAACGUCAUAUACCAAUUGUUGCUGGAAUUGUGGCCAGAUUUGGUGCAGUAACUGUAAUAAGUCCAUUAGAAUUGAUAAGAACCAAGAUGCAAUCUAAGAGGUUUUCUUACAACGAGCUGCAUCAAUUUGUCAGCAAGAAAGUAUCCAAAGAUGGUUGGAUUUCCCUUUGGAGCGGCUGGGCUCCUACUCUUCUUAGAGAUGUACCAUUCUCAGCAAUGUACUGGUAUAACUAUGAACUUAUAAGGAAGUGGUUGUGCCAGAAAUAUGGUUUAUAUGAACCCACAUUUAUGGUCAACUUUACUUCAGGAGCAUUGUCUGGUUCUUUCGCAGCUGUUGUAACUUUGCCAUUUGAUGUGGUAAAAACACAAAAACAGACACAUCUUUGGAUGUAUGAAAGUCAUAACAUUUCUAUUCCUAUGCCUUUGCAUAUGUCAACCUGGGCUAUAAUGAAGAACAUUGUUGCUAAGAAUGGGUUUUCUGGAUUAUUUACAGGCCUAACUCCCCGUUUAAUUAAAAUUGCUCCUGCUUGUGCCAUCAUGAUCAGUACAUAUGAAUUUGGAAAGGCUUUUUUCCAUAAACAAAACACUCAAAAACAGCAAUUAUAGUGAUGUUGCUUCAACUUGAAAUGGCCAUGGCCAAAUAAGAUGGAGACUCUUAGGCAAGAGGCUUUCUUUUGUCUUACAAUUGUUUUGUAUCUUUCUUGCCAAUAAUUUAAAUGAAUAGAAAUUUCUACCUUGACUCUAAAUCAUAAUCCUUAUUUUGAAAUAAAUUGUGUAUUCCUAAUUUUUGAGAUAGUGAAAAAGAUAUUUCAGAAAUCACAACCACUGAGCAUUUUAUAAAGAAAAGAAAAAUUAUUCUUUAACACUUGGAAGCAAUAAUCUCUUGAGAGUUUGAUAUUAAAGAUCCUAUGUUAUAUACUGAUACUACAAGGGGUGUGGUUUACUGAUUGUAUUAAGUGUUCACUAAAGUCAAGCUUGGGUGUAGAGUGGAAAACAACAUUGAAUUUAGACAAGUAAAAAUAAUGUUUUGGCACAGGAAGGUCAUCUGGUUUCACCAUGUGAUAAUUCAAGUGUCACUGGAGUUCUCUAGGUCACUCUAUUGGCUUGUUCUAUUGUAUUUGAUAUUAUUAAUACAAUGUCAGUUACAAAAUUUCCCUAUAUUAUGCAUCUCACAGUAUGCUAGAACAAGAGACUACACAUACAAUUUCCUUGAAGAAAUAGCUUUUGGUCACUGUAGGCUAAUGCCUAAGUAAUUUAGCUUAUGACUAUAGGAAUGAAAUAAAAAGAUUAUGGCAGGACAAGAAAUGAUAUUUUUAAAAAUAUUUGUUUGAUUUUCUUAGGAUAUACAUAAGAAAAGCACUUUAUUGCAAUCUAUGUGUAUUUUAUGAGAAUGUGAAACAUUUCCCCCCUAAAAUAGGUAAUAUGUUUAGGUGUUAAACUUCUGAUGUUCACAGAGGAAUUAAUGUAUUUGUAUUAUAGUAGAAAAAAAGUUCAUAUGUCUUACCAGAAAUAAACUAUAUGGGAUUUACAUAUAACCUUUUGUUUUUAUCCUGUGUUGAUUUACCUUAAAUUUGCAACAUAAAUAUCCAUAAAAAUAUAAUUAUUUUAACUUAUACUUUCAUUAAAAUACUUUGCUUAAGUUAAAAUUAUCACUGUACCUUUAGCUAAUAUUUUCAUAAAAUAUGUGUAAGAAUGUUUAUCUGGAACACUGGAACAGUAUUAAAUUUACCUUGGUUUUGCAAUGCUUCUUUGUGAUAACUUAAUGGUAGAAAAAGGCAGAAAUAUUGAGAUUUAGAACAAUGCUUCAAAAAGCAAUCACAUAUUUCAACUUACUUAUCACUUAUAAAUACCAAAAGGGAAAUUUCCACCCACCCCCAAUACUGAUUGCACUUGUGGGAAAUUCUUAUGACUAAAAUAACUUAUAUAUAAUUCCCUAGUAGUUUUUCUAAUACAUAUUGCAUGCAAUGUAUCUGGAUGAAAAACGACAGCUUCAGCUUUCUCUGUACUUAAGUAGUAAAUAAGCAUAAAUACUUGUGUUUUAAAAAAAGAAAAAGUAGCAACCAAAAAGAGUUUGGCUAGAAAUUGUGUUCUUGGUAAUGUUGCUGAAAGGAAAC